CCAAAUAAUCCAUGUGGGUUUGUUUACCUGAGAAAUAAACGUGUAUUUGAGGGCGAGAAUGUAUAUUUAGAAUAUUUUCCGUCUAAAGAUGUAAUGGAAAACCCUGAUAAUUUUGAGCGCCAGUGGGUUCGAUCAAAAAACGGAUCUAGAUUUGAUAUAAAGAUUGGAAAUGAUAUUUACAUUGAAAAUAAUAUAGAAAAUGGGAAGUAUACAUUGACUUUUUCCAUUGACAACAGUAAAAGUGGAAAUUACAGUGUUAAUUGUGGCGGAGAAGCGGGAUUUACAAAUAAUAUUUCAGUGGUUGGACUAGUGCCACCAAGUGCCCCGGACUUUGUUGGUUUGCAGGACAUUCAUGAUUGUAAGAAAUGCAUUGUUGGUUCUGAAAAAGAGAACAUACAAGUUCAUUGCAAGACAAGUGGCGGGACACCACCCGUAGAUGCAACUGUAACAGUAGGAGACAAGUCAUUCCAAGCAAUGCAUCAUGAAGUUGAUAGAUCGGUUUAUAUAGCAUUUAUCACACUUGCUGACAGUUACCACAAUACAACAAUCACGUGUUCGGUAAUGAAUGAUGCAUUAUCGUCACCACUUAUCACUACUGCCAAAGUGUAUGUUAUAAGUAAGUGAUAUUUUAUCUUAGACAUUAACCAACAGAAUCAUUUUUAUUCUUUAAAUUUAAAUAAUUUGAAUUAUUUCAGUUAUAGAUAUUAAGUAUGUAUAAACAUGAACUUAUAAUAAGAAGAGAGCAUUGUGAUUAAGUC